AUGCCCUCCCAACAUGACAGUCUGCUGGAAAAGGGCCACCUGAAUGGGCUGAAAGAAGAGACAAGCCUCCCCUUUGCCAAUCAGAUACAGACCUGGACUCUUAGCAUUCUGAAACCGUCGUUCGACGACAAGAAUCAGGUGCAAAGCGUGAACACUAGACGAACAGCAUAUCUGGAUGGCCUGAGAGGAUUCGCAGCACUCCUCGUGUACUGGGGUCAUCAUGAAUUAUGGGCUCAUGACGCACUCUCGCCAGAUCGGAUCUUAGAGAAUGCAUUCGGAUACGACAGGCAGUAUUACUUCGUAUGUCUACCAGGAAUCCGGACAUUUUUCUCUGGUGGUCACUUCGCAGUGACUAUCUUCUUCGUUCUCUCCGGAUAUGUCUUGUCAGCCAAGCCCAUGACGAUGAUCCAUACCGGCGACUACAGGAGACUAGGAGACAGUUUGGCAUCGGCAUUAUUCAGACGAUGGCUUCGGCUUCAUAUUCCGGUCAUCUGUACAACCUUCUUAUACAUGACAUCGUGGCAUGUGUUUAAGUAUCGUGCAGACCCAUGCCCUCUGUCAAGCUACCGUGAAGAGCUUUGGAACUGGUACUCAGAGUUCAAAAACUUCAGCUUUGUUUUCAGAACAGGCGGCGAGCCAUGGUUCAGCUACAGCUUUCAUGCCUGGUCUAUUCCCGUCGAGUUCAGGGGUUCCAUUGCUAUUUACACAUCACUCUUAGCGUUUUCCAGGCUGACCAGGAACGCGCGGCUGUGGUGUGAAGUGGGACUUAUCAUCUACUUCAUGUACAUCGUGGACGGCUGGUUUUGUUCUCUUUUUGUGGCGGGAAUGCUUCUUUGCGAUCUCGACCUACUCGAACAAGACGAUAACCUGCCGCGCUUCUUUUCGAAAUUGGCCCCAAUUAAGAGAAGUAUUUUCUCCAGUCUUCUCAUCAUCAGCGUGUAUCUCGGCGGCGUUCCUUCUUACAACCGGGACAUUCACGUGCUGAGAGAAUCACCUGGCUGGUAUUAUUUAUCACUGCUGAAACCGCAAGCCGUCUUCGAUUACAAAUGGUUUUACCUUUUCUGGGCCUCGACCUUUCUUGUUGCUUCGAUUCAACGAAUUUCAUGGCUGAAAUCGUUCUUCGAAACACGAUUCAAUCAAUAUCUCGGCCGCAUAUCAUUUGCCUUCUACUUGGUCCACGGGCCUAUACUUUGGUCACUCGGCGACAGGAUAUAUGCAGCCGUCGGAUGGUCAAGGGAAAGUCAUGCCACAAACAUCCCCAAGUGGAUCAAUAUCCUGCAGCUACCCAAAAUUGGACCUUUCGGCCUGGAAUUGAGCUUUCUCCUUCCGCAGUUGAUCCUCCUCCCAGCUACCUUAUGGAUCGCGGGAGUAGCAACUGCAUUGAUUGAUGAACCAAGCGUGAAUUUCUCGCAAUGGCUAUAUAGUCGCGCAUUGGCGCAGAAAAAGUUGUAG